ACCCCCCCAACAAAAAAAAAAAAAAAAAAAAAAAAAAAUCAAAUUGGGUCUGGAGAGAGAGAGAGAGAGAGAGAGGGGAAAUAGAGGAGGGAGGGAGCCAGAGCCGGAAUCGUAAAGCUUGUAAGCUGAUACAUUCCGACGCUUUUUUCGAUUAUCUGCAAUGGGGAUCUGGUGAGUGGAGAAGGAGAUGUAACGGUCAAGUAGAACUCUCUAGUUUUAUUUAUCACAAUGUCUUCUUCUCUUUCCCGAUUAAGCUGUCUCUGCUUUGCAUCUACAUCUACAAGAGGUUACUGCAAUAUCUUGUACACCAUGAAUAUAAGAUGGCCGAGGCUUUUAACCCCCACACAUCUUUCUCAGAUUAUAAGGACGCAGAAAAAUCCAUUAACUGCUCUCAAAAUCUUCAAUGAAGCUAAAUCCAAGUACCCUAAUUACCGUCACAAUGGUCCAGUUUAUGCCGCCAUGAUUGGCAUCCUUGGGAACUCUGGCCGAAUCACCGAGAUGAAAGAGGUGAUUGAUCAAAUGAAAAUAGACUCCUGUGAGUGCAAAGAUUCAGUUUUUGUAGAUGCAAUCAAGACCUAUGAGAGAGCUGGGUUGCUGGAUGAAGUAUUAACUCUCUUUAAGAACAUUCCAAAAUUCAACUGUGUGAACUGGACGGAAUCUUUCAAUACCGUUUUGCAAAUAAUGGUGAAUGAGUCUAGGUUUGAAACCGCUCACCGUCUUUUCGUGGAGAAUUCUUGUGGGUGGGAAGUCAGGUCUAGGAUUCGGUCUUUGAAUUUGCUUAUGCGUGCUCUGUGCGAAAGGGGUCGUUCAGAUAUUGCUUUGCAAGUUUUCCAAGAGAUGGAUUAUCAGGGUUGCUAUCCGGAAAGAGAAACUUAUCGAACAUUGAUGAGAGGGUUGUGUGAAGAUGGCAGGCUGAAUGAGGCAAAACAUUUAUUAUAUUCAAUGUUUUGGAGGAUUUCUCAGAAGGGUAGUGGUGCAGAUAUUGUAAUCUACAGGACCCUGUUAGAUGCUUUCUGUCAUCAUGGACAGGUUGAGGAGGCAAUGGAAAUACUAGGAAAGAUAUUAAGGAAGGGGCUCAAGGCUCCCAAACGAAGUAGUCAUCGUAUUGAUCUCAGUUACUGCAGAGAUGGUCAAGAUGUGGAAAGAAUUAAACAAUUGAUCAAUGAAGCUCUGAUAAAAGGUGGCAUUCCCAGUUUGGCUAGUUACACUGCCAUGGCUAUUGAUCUUUACAAAGAAAAUAAAAUUGUUGAAGCUGACAAAGUUCUCGAGGUAAUGCAAGAUGGAGGCUUUAGGCCGACGCCUUUGAUUUAUGAAGCAAAGAUGGAAGCAUUAUGUAGGGAAGGGAAAGUUGAUGAAGCAGUGAAAGUGAUUGAAACGGAAAUGAUGGAGGGAACUUGUGUUCCAACUGUUAGACUUUAUAAUGUUGUGCUGAGAGGGCUUUGUAAUGGAGGCAAAUCGGCAUUUGCUGUUGGAUACUUAAAGAAGAUGGCUAAACAAGUGGGUUGUGUUGCUGAUAAGGAAACUUACACUAUUUUAGUUGAUGGACUAUGUCGUGAGGGUAGAUUUGCGGAAGCAAGCCGUGUUUUGGAGGAGAUGUUAAUCAAAUCACACUGGCCUUGUGUUGAAACCUAUAAUGUAGUGAUCAAGGGUCUAUGUUCUGUGGGCAGGCAAUAUGAAGCUGUUCUUUGGCUGGAGGAGAUGAUUAGCCAAGGCAUGCUACCACAAAGUUCUUCAUGGAACUCGUUGGUUUCAUCCGUUUGUUGUAACCUUGGAAUCUGCAACGAGGCUUAUAGUCUACUCACAGCCUCUUGAUUGCCUAACAUACAAUACAGUCAAUGUUGAAUACUUAUUCUACACAUCUUUUCCCCCUUUUUUUAAUCGUUUGUCCAUGUUAUUUAGUUAAUUUGUUUUGAAGUUCAAGAAACUAUUGGAAGUGUUUAUAUAAUUGAAUAGGUUAUUGUUUUUGUUGAA